AUGUCACUUGAUCCAACAACAAACAUUGUUGUUGAUAAUAAUAAUAAUAAUCUUUCAGAAGGAGCAACGCUUACAAAGAGUUUCAAUAAUAAUAAUACAAAGCCAAAGUUUAGUCUCAAUCUCAAUUUGGUUAGUAGACUUACCUCUGGAUUUACUGGCACUUGUCCCGUUUCACCAACAUCACCGUCAUCUGAAAAUUCAAUUCCAACCAUCGUCACCGGAGAUCCAACCACAUCGACGACAACAACAACAACAACAACAACAACAACUAGUUCAACCACUUCUUCAUCCUCCUCUUCUUCUUCAUCCUCCUCAUCUUCAUCAUCCUCCUUUAGAAAUCUAUUUCUAGGAGGGUGUAGUCCAAGAAAAGUGUCACCUCCAAAUUCUACACUCCCAAGCCCAAGACAGUUUUUUGCUGGUAUAACAGGCAGCAAGUCUUCAAAACAUAAUAAUGGUCAUAGCAAUACAACCAAUACCGCAUCGGGUAGCUACAAUGUACUCUCUAUACAAUCUAUCCAACAACUUCCAAGUAGUUUACUUGAAAAGAUUGUUAGGUAUAGUAUGGCAAGUAAGGAUUUAGUGUUGCCAUCUAUUCGUUACAUAGAGUUGUUGCUGAUUUCAAAAGCAUUUCAUAAAACACUUGAUAAUAUGAAGGCAUUCACACUUGUUGUGGGCGUUAGCCAACAACAUACACUUGCAACUAUGCGUUGGUACAAGUCGAAUUGGAAGAAAGUAUCUUCUAUUCGCUUGGUUAAUUGCAAUACAUUUAAAUUGGGCACAUUAUCUGCAUCGACAAUACUAUCAGCUCUUCGAGAUGAACAAACAGCUUGUCAUGAUCCUACAAUCGAAAUGGUAGAUCAAUUCUACCUGUCUAGGGAUCUUUUGAAUGUAAUAAUUAGCAAACUCGGAGUUUCUCAUUAUUUUCAUACCCUAUCACUUUCUCAGUGUAUUUAUGAUCAAUCAAUAGAUCAAACAACCAUCGAUAGGCUAUAUCACGCCAUUCUAGUAAAUCAAUCAUUGUUUCAUCUUUCAAUAACAUGUCACCCUACAUCAUCAUCAACAACAAAUCAAAUAACCACUCAACCAACUAUCACCCAUCCUAUUGGAUUGGUACUCAUGGACUCUAAUAAUAAUAAUAAUAAUAAUAAUAAUAAUAAUAAUAAUAAUAAUAAUAUAAAUAAUAUAAAUAACAAUAUCAAUAUUAAUAAUAAUCACACUAAUAAUUGUUGGUUCAUUCCACCAAUUUAUAUUUCAAGAAUUCUAUCAAGUCAACAAAAUAAUAUUACCAGUAUCGAAUUGUAUAACCUUGUACUUGACACAAAGGAAAGUAUGGUACAUCUUGAAAAAGCAAUUUCUCAAAGUACUUCCCUUCAAUCAUUUAUGUUGUAUAAUACAACUGGACCAAGGGAUGGAUGCGAUCUUUUAAAAUAUAUUAUCAAUGGAAUAGCAAAUAACCGAUCGGUUACAAAAACGAGUCUAGAAAAUUGCUAUUUAUUUGAUAAUUUAGAAGUUGUGGAUAGCUUUUUGCGCCUAUUAAAUGUAAACAAUACUAUUAUAGAUCUCAAUAUUUCUCACAAUUUACUUGUUAAUUUAUCCAACCAUCACACCAAAAAUAAUAAUAAUAAUAAUAGCCAACCACCCAAUCAAUGUAACAAUAGAAAUAAUAUUUUUAGAGAUAUUGUCUCUUCAAUAUCGAAAAACAAACAAACAUCAAUCAAACAUUUAAAUCUAACUCAUAUAGCUCCUCUAUUGGCAGAUGUUAUCUUUUUUCCAUACAUUUGUUUAUUGCCUCCCUCCAUUAAAUCACUUCAACUAUGUAAUAAUUUUCCAUUUCCUUCAAAUUUUUCAACUCUACUCGUCAAUAAUAAUAAUAAUCAAAAUAAUCAAAAUAAUCAAAAUAAUAACAAGAAUGAUAUUACUUUUAAUAGUAUUCCCAAAUCAAUAUCAAAUGUUGGUAAUUUUAUUACAAUUCAAGAAUUGUCACUUGGUAAUUUAAGAUUGGGUGAUGAAAAAUGCAAGCCACUUUUGAUCUCGCUCGAAUCAGGACUCAGGAACCAAACUUUGUUUGUUCAAAAGUUGGAUCUAUCAAUCAAUCGACUAAGAGAUGGAUCUGCAUUGUUAAUAAGCAAAUAUCUUCAAGACAACAACCAACUAGAAACAUUAAUUCUUGAUUACAACUUUUUAAAGAGUGGAGUCAUUAGUAUUUGCCAAUCCCUCUAUAAAAAUACAACUUUGACCAAACUAUCUCUCUUUGCAACUCACAUUCAAGAAAAUGAAAGCAAGGCACUCGCAAAAUUAUUCUCAACCAUUAAUCAUCAAAAUCAACAACUAUUGUCUAUGGAAUCGGGUUAUAAUAAUAAUAAUAAUAAUCAUAUUAGUAAUAAUACUAUAUCUGGUCAGGGAAGUGCAAUAAGACAUCUCAAUAUUGGAUACAAUAGUAACAUUGAUGCAGUUUUACGAACCCUUUCAUCAUCAAGAUAUCUAAAUUUACAAACCCUAAAUAUAUCUCAUAGCAGUCAUCUUGGUAAUUAUCUUGUUAAAUUAUUACAACAACAACAACAAUAUAGAAUUAAAGAAACAAAAUCAAAUAAUCAAUCAAAUAAUCAAUCAAAUAAUAAUCAAAAUAAUCAAAAUAAUCAAAAUAAUAAUAAUUCAAUAAUUCAAGAUCAAGUUCUUUCUCUGACCCCUCCUCCACCACCACCUCCACCACCUCCACCACCUCCACCUCCUCCACCUCCCCCUCCUCCAAGUAUAACAGUGAUGUCAUCAUUACAAAAUAUUGAUAUCAGUAAUUGUACUUUUUCAAAAUGGAGACUUCCAGAUAUUUUGAGUGCCAUUGUCAAAAAUAGAACACUUGUCAAUGUUAAUAUCUCUUUGGACAAUCCUUCAAUCCAAAAAAUAUUAAAUUCCAAUCCAAAACUUCAUUCCAGAUUGCUUUCUAUGGUUGCUAAAACUUGUAAUGGCGAUUAUAGUAGAGUUAACAGUAGCCGUCAAGUCCAAUUGUAA